CGUACUUUUCUGCAAAGGAAACCUAAUGCUCGGGCAAUGGCGAUUGACAUCGAAACAUAUGAAAACGAUCACAGCAAAAUUCUCGAAAUUGGCUUCGUCAUCACUUCCCUAGCCAGUCCUGAGGGGAACGAGCAAGCUCAUCAUUUUAUCAUCAAAGAAAACCUCCAUAUGGUGAACAGGGAUUAUGUUUCCGACAACCGAGACAACUUCAGAUUUGGCACCUCACAGCGCAUGUCCCUUGCAGAUGCCGCUGGAAAGUUCUCGCAGUAUAUCGGGGAUGUAGAUGUGCUGGUGACUCACUCGGGCGGACAUGAUGAAGAUUACCUUGCCAGAAACGGCAUGUCUUUGAAAGGGAAACCAAUGUUCGACACUCAGCUGCUUGGCCUAGCACUGCUGACCGACGAGAAAACCUUGAACGUGUUUGGUCUGAAGCGCCUGAUGGGUGACCUGGGUAUUUCGUAUGAAGAGAAUAUUCUCCAUAACGCUGGAAACGACGCCUACUACACCAUGAAAUUGUUCCUGGCAUUGACAAAGAAAGUGUAAUGAGAAUUCUAGAAGCGAAGUGAGUUUCAGACCGUUGGCAGUUUUAAAUUGAUCAGGAUAAAACGGCAACGAAUAAAAUAUAGCAUAAUUGAAACAUUUAACCUUAAGCUACGCUAGAUAAGAAAAUUAUCUUCACUAAUUUUUUUCUUCAAUAUGAUUUCAAUGGCAAUUUUAAUUGAUCAAGAAAAAAGAGCAAAUAAUAAAAUGAAUUUUCAAUUUAUAUAUGUUGCACGAUAAUACAGCAUAACUGAAACAUUUGACCUUAAGCUAUGAUAGAUUAGAAAAUUAUCUUCACUAAUUUUUUUCUUCAAUAUGAGUUCAAUGGAAGUUGUGGAAUAGUCUGAUUGGUCUUUAUUAUCUGACCAACAAAAGUGAUUACAGUCAACUCUCCCCUAAAAUGCGACCACCAUUGAAACAGGAAAAAGAAGUUGCCUAAGGGAGGUGGCCUUUUAGAAGAAAAUUAUAUGCAAGAUCCAUCAAUUACUAUUAUUUCUUUUGAGAAAUCGUUUUCUUUAUAAACUGUAACUCUUCAAUUUAUUAUUAACAAUUACGAUGGGCACCUUUGCACUUUGAAAUAUGUUCCGUGACAAAUCAUUUCUAGCCCUAAAAAUGGUCACAGUUGGAGUUCAAGCAGUAGUUGCUUUGGAGAGUUCUAGGAAAGAGUAUUUGAUCAAGAAAGAGUCAUCUAUUGCAGUGGUCAUUAAGAGAGAGUUGACUGUAGAACAAGAAUCAAAAGGAAUCUUACUCAUCAUUAGUCAAUGGUAAGAUUUAUCAGAAACAUGGUUAUUAUUUGUUAAUACUGGUUAUAAUGAAUAAAUGAGAUUAAUAAGAAUUACUACCAUGAAAUUUGAGCGAGACCUAGAUAUUUUGUAUCUCUCCAUUUAAGGUCAGAAAAGGAGCAGCUGAACUUUAAUUCUGCAUUAAAGACGCUUAUGAUUAAAAGGACACUUGAAAUGCUUGAUUCGUAUCAUGUGUAACUUAAUUCAUCGUAAUGUAGCUGACAAUGACUCUUCAUCUGACAUCAAUUGAUUAGCUGAUUAUAUCUUGUUUACCAACUUACUUCAAGGACGUGUUGGGAAGGAAAUUGAUUGCAUGGUUAUAAUUAAUAAAAGUAAGCAUUUUAUUGAA